AUGGAAAUAGAUAUCCGAGAGUAUGAGGAGCGUGUGUUGCGUUCAUUGUUGCAUUUAGGUAUUUAUAUUGCAAAUGCAUGCAUAAUCGCAUUUGGCAGGGUUUGGAGUGCACAUAUGAAAUUUUGGGGUGAGAUUGCAAAGUUUAGAAUAAAACCAUUACCCCGACGCAAUGCAAAAGGCAAUGCUUAUGUUACCGAUGCAAAGGGAAAUAAAAUCUUAAAAAUUGAUGUUAAUGGAGAGAUUGUGUCAACCAUUGAGAGCCCUCUCGUCGCUCUUAACGGUAUUGUUUAUCACCCCGAUGGUUUCCUCAUCGUCAUCCACACUUUCUCCGGUCUCUUAUACAAAAUCGACCUAACAGCCGGUGGAGAUGAUGGUAGUAAUAAGGUCAGUGUCGUUGAAGUUACUUGCGCCACGUUGCGGUUUGGUGAUGUUGUUGUCUUCGACAAAGAUUGUUGUUGCAGGCAUUAUGCUUGUGAAGAUGACAACUUUAAAUUUCCUAUUCUUCUUGCUUUUUAG